AUGUGCAGUUCUCCAAGAAAAGGAAAUAGGCGAAAAAACCUUAUAUCAGAUCUGGAGGACAAAAAAAAGAACAUCGAAGCAGAAAGAUUUUCCAUUGAACUAACUGGUGACUCUAUGAAAGUGGAGCCUAUCCCUCUUUCAGAAAAACGAAGGAAAGCACCCGCUGCACAGAUAACCUACCUUCUCAAAGAGAAAGAGAUCGAGACAGACCUCAGACAAAUCAAGGAGGUAACCUUCUCGAUGCGGAGGCUCAGCGAGAUUUCAAUAGGAAGCCCAAACCACGGGAUCAGCAAUAUGGGUGUACAGAACUCCGGAGAUCACCAGACCUUGAUAGAGACGAGGAUAGAGGACGAGAAGUUGUUGUACGAAAAGAGAUGGUUUCACAGAGGUCAGUCCAUUUUCGUUGAGGGCAAGGAUCAACAAAAAAAACUCCGGCCACCAUAUCUGCUGUGGGAAAUGAGCGUAUCUACGUCAAAAAGCAAAAUGGGGAGGGUUUGA